AUUUGGGCUGCUAGUUUAGAGGCCCAUCGGCCCAAUGCUACUCCUCUGAACCAAAUCAUUGCCUUCGCCGAUUUAUUUCUCCUGCUUCUUUUCCGUUGUCUUCCACAAUGGCUUCAAAGCUUCUGAACCAUCUCCGAACUCUGUGUAAAACCGAUCACCACAUUCUCUUUUACCGAUUCUCAAACCCUAACCCUAUUUUUUCUCUUAAACGCUCGAUCCUCAGAUCUCCACAAACCUUUGUUCACUUAAGACCUUACUCUGAUGUUUCUCAACCGGUUCCAAUCAAUCCGUCUUUGCCUGAGAAGCCUCCAAUCAAUGGUGAUACAACAAAUGAUGUGAAAAAUUUCAAUAGGGUUCCAACUUCAUCCUCGUCUUUGAACGAAGCCGAGCUUGCUAAAUUUUCCUCCAUAGCCGAAACUUGGUGGGAUGCUGAAGGACCAUUUAAGCCAUUACAUGCGAUGAACCCUACGAGAGUUACUUUCAUCCGCUCCACCCUUUGCCGACAUUUCAGAAAGGAUCCAAAUUGUGCUAGGCCCUUUGAAGGACUAAAGUUUGUUGAUGUUGGAUGUGGAGGGGGAAUUCUAUCAGAGCCUUUGGCACGGAUGGGCGCUACUGUAAUGGGAGUUGAUGCUGUGGAGAAGAACAUCAAGAUUGCUCGCCUUCAUGCGGAUUUGGAUCCAGCGACUUCAGCAAUCGAAUAUCGUUGUACAACAGCUGAAAAACUAGUUGAAGAACAGAGAGAGUUUGAUGCCGUGAUUGCUUCAGAGGUAAUUGAGCACGUAGCAAAUCCUGCUGAAUUCUGCAAAUCAUUGGCAGCAUUAACUGUUUCUAGUGGAGCCACUGUGAUUUCAACCAUAAAUCGUUCAAUGAGAUCGUAUGCAACUGCCAUCAUCGCAGCAGAGUACCUCCUCCGUUGGCUCCCUAAAGGUACACAUCAGUGGUCGAGCUUUCUUACUCCUGAAGAACUAGUCUUGAUCCUACAGCGUGCUUCCAUAACUGUCCAAGAGAUGGCUGGAAUUGUGUACAACCCCUUGACUGGAGGAUGGGCCCUCUCUGAUGAUGUUGGUGUAAAUUAUAUUGCUUUUGGUACCAAAAAGGGCCAAUAAUGUAAUCGAAAUUUUAUGUUGAGCUAAAUUUUUCUCUAAUCCAGUUAUUUCUCCCCUCCACACACGCCCAAGCUUAUCUCCAGCUUGUUCUUGAUUACUCCAAUAUUCUAUCUUUCUAUAUCCAGAUCUGAGAUUCUAUAGGAAGGAUAUAUGUAUGUGUGUGUGUGUGAACUCCCCAAGGUUAUGCUCUGGGUGCUUUCAUAUCCGGUUAAGUCAUAGUACUGUUAAUACUUUAGUGGUUAUGUGGACAGUGGAAAAGUAAUCUGAAGUGAGUUGAUAAUUUAUACAUUCA